CGCUCUCAACAUCCAGGAUCCGAAAUCAAGAGCUCAGAACCGUCCAUCUCCCUCUAUCUAAACUCGAACGAUGCGCGCUCUGCUCAAAACAUGAAAGUGGGCUGCGAUUAUGCUCGUCGUGCGGGGAGUCAAGAAUGUCAAACCAAGGACUGGCCGAAACACAAACCUGAAUGCGGAAAAACAGACCGAAUAAACCUAGAAACCUUCUACCCCCUCCUAUCCUGCAUGCUAGUCACAUCCAACACCGACCAAGAAAAACCCAUGCACCCCGGACUCACGCACACAAUCUCCCGCAGCGCUUUCUGCGAGUUUCCAGACGGGGGAAGCGCGGCCCUAAUCGUGCUAGGCGAUAAAUGCGAUUUGGCCGUGCCGAUGGGGAAGCCAGAAGUGUGGUGGCCGACAGCCCCUUCGGCGUCCGCCAGGAGCAGGUUGAUUCAGCGGUUCAUACACGAAGGGUACCUCCUCCCGCGUAUCGUCGCUUUGUGUUUCUCACUUUUGGCCGAGAUGUACACUACCACCUCUGGACAAGGCAAACGACGCGUCCGGCUCAAAUACUCCUCUUCACCCAUCGCCGAUUUCGGUAUCGUAAAAGGAAGAGUGGAGGUGGAGGAUCACGACCGGUUCGCCUACUACAAUCCCUCGACCAAUACGUUUGCCUACGGUCAGGACCCGGAGGACCACUACUGGAUCUACUUUUCCUCGCUUUGCGGCGACGAGGUCGUCCUCGACUGCGGGAUGUCCCCGUUCAACUUUUCAGUCGGCGUCCACCAGCUAAAGGCGUACCUCAAGCACGGUCUGCCCGCAAACCUCGAAACCGCGCCCGCGUUGUUCGUCUCGCGGGACGCGCGGCGCACCGAACAGCAGAGGUUCUCGGUGCUGCGCGACCCCGAGCUGGGCAGCGCGGUGCUUACUACGAACGAGGGGUUGCGGAACCAGGACGUUGCUGCGAUCCAUGCGUUCAUGGACAGGGUCGCCGGACGGGUGUGCACCCCCGCCGAGAAAGACAUUGCGAAACGGUGGUCGGUCCACUUUUGCGAGAUUCUGCAGGGUAAUAUCAGAGCACGCGAGUAUCUCAAUUUUCCGGUGGAAGUGGCGACGGGGCUCUUCGGUGCACAAGAGGAGAGGAAGGCUCCAGAGGCCCGUAGGGAGUGGAUGGAAUAUAUGGUUGGGGAGGGUAUAACAACUGAACAGCUUGAGCAGGCGUUCAAGCGGUACGAGGACGCGCCUCAUCGUGUACGAGAACGGCUGUAA